AAUCCUGUGCUGGUGGGUGAUAACGCAGCCCUCAACUUCGAAGUUGGAGGGAAGUGGAAGAACAUCGACACGAGAAUCGAGUGUCGGUCUUGCAGCAUUAGGUGAUGCGAGGUUGAUUUUGUUUGCUGAUUAUGGCGAACCCAAACUCACUGCUGCCUCGACUGAACGGUGCAAGUGGAGAAUUCGUAUGUUGGGUCCAACCCCGGCCGUGUAUUUUGCAGUGUAGGAAACAUCUCAGCCAUAGCCUUAGACCUUAUGAGCGCAUUUCGAGUAGACAAGGAUCAUCGCUAUGGUCUCCAGCAAUCUCGUCGGGUUGGAGUUCCUCAACAUUACCACAGCUAGGGAGAGCAAUCAACGUGGGGAUAAGAUGCAAGGGCGCGAGCGGAGGCGAUGUCCCGCCGGAGAGCAGGGAGGAGGCAAUUGAGCAGGCUGCGGGGUCGGUUUCAGCCUUAUUGGUGAAAUCGCUGAAGCGGCAAGGUCCGACAACAGUGAAGCAGCGGAAAGAGCAGCGGCAAGUGAAACUACGGGUAGAAAUUCCUGUUCUAGAUGAUUCUCCCUCCUCACUUAUUUCUCUCACCCUCGAGCUCUUGUCAGCUCUUUUCAACGGGAAGCGAGAGGCUCCAUCCGUGGCGGUGUUCCUUUCGGGCGAGUCGGCUGUAGUCUUAGCUCGAGAGAAAUAUGCCAACAGCGGGAUUUCCAGUGUCAAUAGGUUUUGUAAUAUACAGGCUGAAUGUGAAGUUCCUGGAGAUGAGUCCGUCAUUGUGGUUGCGGGUGCGAGGUUUGAGGAUGUUGCUUGUUUGCAAGAGCUGGCAAGAAACGUGACUCCAAGGCCGAUUGUUGUCCUGAAUCCUGAAUGGUCACCCGAGGACGAGAAAGAUGCGAAGUGGGGUGCUUUGCUGACAUCUUUCGAAACAGCUUACGCGUUUCUCCCCCUUGCUAUUCAAGGUUUCUUUAGUAAAACGGAGGGGGCGGUACUCAAAAAUGUGCAAAGUGGAGCUCCAGGUGGAAGACCAUGGCUUAUCUUUCUCAAAGAGGAUGGUAAAUUUACACGUCUUAGCAGUCUCCAGCGUAAACCUGGCCCCGCAGAACUGGAAUCUGCAUUAUACAAUGCCAUGGCAGCCAACUCUCCCAUGACAAAAUCCAUCAAAUUCCUCCGUGGACUCGUCUCAAAAGAAUGAUAUCCUGAUUACACCAUCUUUGCAGGUUUUGACCAUCUCAUCUGUUUGUCUAUGCCUACGCUUGUUUCAAAGUUAAUUGUCUUGAAGGUCUGCGAUGCCUUACUCAGUGCGGGAUUGCAUGCUUAUCCCUCGAAAGGCAUGCCCUACCUACGAUGCUCUUGUAGUAACUCCA